GGUUUUUGUCCCUGCACAGGGAAACCUGUUGGGAUCUAUCCUUCACCAUCCGAUAUGCCAUCUGUCUACUGUGUAUACACGGACUGCACAAUAGUGGGUUUAUACGUUUAUACUGGUUUAUACAAUUCAAUUGUCCGUUAGAGCAACUAAAAGCAACUUAAUAUUUAUUUCAAAUAAUGAAUAUUAUGGAAGAGAGAAUAAAAAAAUGGAUUUUGUUAAUUCAGACAGAAGAAUUGGACGAAGUAAUAGAAGACAUUCAGAUAAGCAUUUGUCCAGGCCUAAUUAAUAAUGUAAGCAAAUAUGUUUUUAAACUGUUGUUACAUUUAUCACACACUGCGGACAAAUGCUGCAAACAGAACUGUGCUAUUGGCAUGCAGAUUUACAGAUUGACUUGUUUGUUAUGUCAAAAUCUGAUCAAAAUACCUGACAACAAUAAAUUUGUUUGCAGCUUAUAUCAUAUAGUUCGUUGUUUAUUAACUGUGCAUAUGUAUAAGGAAGCAUACAAGGUUUGUUGUUUUAUAAACACAGAAACUCUAUGCUCUUCUGAUUCGAGUGUGAACAAUAUACUAGUAAAAAUAGAUAAUUUAUGGCAUAAUUCUGUGAAUAAUGCAUGUAAUCUAUUAGAAAGAAAUAUUUUAAAUAUCAAGUAUUAUUAUGAACUACAAAAGAUUAUAAAACUUGAAUUGAAACUAAUACAAACAAUAUAUAAAAAUUAUACUAAACGUGUACUUUCGGAGAUAAGUUCAUAUCUAGAUAAAAUAGCAUUAAUAAGUAAAAAGUCGAACAUCUGUUUCAUGGAAUUUUGUGUGUUUGCGAGUGAAUAUCUGAGACAAACUAAACUGUUUCUAAAGGAAGAUGACAAACAUGUUAUAACUCGUUACAUGCUUCUCAUAAUGAGCAAAAUAGUGUGUGAGAAUGUUAAUGAACAAAAUCUGGAUUUUGUGAUAAACACUUUAGAUAAUUUAAGCAAACACUUCAAAAUGGUUCUAAAAGAAGACAAGGAAUGCUAUGAAUGCUACAAAUUGCUUGAAUCAUUUUGUAUGGCAGCUGUAAAACCAAACAACUGUUUAGUAAAAAAUGAUGCCAACAGUAUUCAUGAUUGCUGCUACAGUUAUGAAAGAAUUGCAAAGAAAUAUGAUUACUUAGGAUCUAUUAAAUGGCUUACAUUCGGUAUUGUUCAGAUUCUAGAGUCAUUAUUUCUAUAUUGGGAAACAUGUAUAAAAACGGGAAACAAAUCAUUUUUAGAAAAAGGUAUAUUAUUAGAGAUUAUGAACUUGGUUGUUUGUACAAGUAAAUACUUUAUGCAACAGACAUGUAAUAAGUGCAAGUCUUGCCAAAGUAAAGAGUGUAUGAUCAGAAAUGACAUAUACAAUGUGGUGGUAAUAAAAGCCAGAUGUGUCAAUUUAAUUAGCAAACUCUCUGCGGAUGAUUUAUCCAAGGACAUGUAUAGUCUUGCGCAAAAUUUCUUAGAGCAGAAUGUAGCUCACAUUUAUGAAAUGAAACAGUGUAACUGCAUGACCUGGCCAAUGCUGUGGUCCACGAAUGGUGCUUUGAUUUAUAAUUUAGGCAUAAUGGCAGGGAGUUUCUAUGAAGAAAGCGUAUCUCUGCUUUCUUUACUAUGCACUUCCAUCAAAGAGUUCGAAGGUAUUCAACAGAAAUCUAAAUAUAUUAGUCUUCAAAAUCCCAUAUGUACCACAUUGCAUAGACUAUCUUCUCUUCACUUUAAUCAUGGUAUGUACAGAGAAGCCAUGACUGCGUCAGCAUUAAAUGCUCUAUUAAGUUAUAAUGAUCCUGAAUCGAAAGCGUUUCGUAUGUGGGCAAAUAUUAAACAUAAAUCCAUAACUAAUAAGAAAAUAAUGGAAAUGACCAUAAUAUCUUGUUUGAAAUCGGAUGGGUCAAUUAUAGAACAAUUAGGAUUGUCUAUUAAAUUGUCGCAGUACGAUCUCAUUGAAAUAUGUUUAAGAGAAGCAAGAAGUUUACAAGAAGCAAAGGUUAAUCUUUCCGGCGCCAUUUGCAAAGUUUUGGACGAAAUGUUAAUGUUAAAAGCAACUCCAAUAUAUUACGCUCGUGUCGUUCAAAUGUUAGUAUAUCAUUUGCUACAUUUCGAUUACAAUGAGAACACUUUAGACUACCUAAAGCAAGCUAUUUCCAAUUUAAAACAGAUAAAGUCGAGUAAUUAUGUUUUAUGCUUACAAGCAAAUUUGGAAUUUUAUAUCUUUGUGGCACACUUGCAUGUUGCCAAUAAAAAGACUGAAAUAGAAAUGGAAAAUACGACAUUCGCGUUGUAUGCUCCAAAGAUAUCGGAAAUGGCAGAAAAUGACACCCAUGAUGUUGUACCAGCUUAUACUAUGAUAAAUAUUAAAGAAGAUUCCAAAAUGAUGAUGUAUUUGGAGACGGCAUUAAAGAAAUGGAAUAAAUGUACCAAACAAAAUUUUGAACAAAUUAUUGAAGAUCAUGAACGAUUGAUAACACUUCAUACAUUAAUAAUCGCCGGUGAAUAUGCUCGUUUAUAUCGUUAUGAGAAAUGUGAAAUCAAUAUAUGGAAACUUGCAUAUAAAUUAGCUUCAGUAUUACAAGACGAUCGAGCAAUCAUUUAUGUUACUGGUAGAAGCAUAUCGUUAAGGUACAUCAACCCAAAAUGGAUUACAACAGUCACGGAUCUCGCCAACAAAUAUAAAGAAACCAAGGAUGAAAACAUGAUCUAUGCAAUUGCUGUUUUUUGGAUAAGUUUAUCAGAUUUCUACUUUGAACGUGAUAUGUAUGAAGAAGCUAGAAAAUUACUAGACGAAUCCAGGAAACUACCAGGAGUCUGUUUCUUAUCUAACAUAGCUUUAAGUUUAUACAGCUUAGACAGGCUUUUGUACAAUUGUUCAUUGUAUAAAGAAGAUAUCAAACAUGAGGAAUACACACGUUAUGUCGUUGAAACUUUGUAUAGUCUGGUUAAUUUAAAUGAAGAAUUAUCUAAAAGGAAAUGGAAACCUCAAGAUAAGCAUCUCUUUGAUAUCGACAUAUUUUUGUCUGCGACGAUUAAUUUGUCCCUACGAUUAAACAGUUUACUAUCAUUUAGAGAAAUUGGUUCUCAUUUAGUACGACGGUUGAAGACAGCACAAUCUUUGGGAGCCACUAUGAGAGUCGCAGAAAUAUUGAAAUCUCUCUGUUACAUUGAUUUGUCUCGUUCACAAUUACAUGAUUGUGAAAUAAAGCUACAGGGCCUGGAACACAUCUUAAAUAUUGAAACGUUUGAAGCAUCGAUGAGUAGUAAUCCGAUAAAAGUGAUCACAGAAAGUGCAUUGACUCCGAUUCGAGUCGUAGAGCCUAUCAGAGAUAUUCCACGAAAUGAUACAUCACCAGUUUUAAGAAACAAAUGUUUCGAUCUUCCUGUGUUCAUGUGCCAUCAGAAUUGCAAUUGUUAUUUGUGUCAAAAUUUAUCAUACAAUUAUUUAGUAUUUGCGGGUACUCACAUCAGAGCCCAGUUGUACGCACUGCAAAAUAAUUUCACAGCCGCAUUAGAGCAUUUUACAGGCGCGUUUAAGAUAAAAGAGAGAAUAAUGAAAACAGAGAAAUGUAUGACUGAAAAUGAAAGGGAACAUUUCUCUUGGCAAGAACGUUUUUAUAGUACAGAUUAUAUUCUUCUAUUAAUCAACUUCUAUUCCUAUUUGAAAAAUUAUCUAAACAUAGAGCAAGAAAGAAAAAUGAAUCUUCUCUCGUUGGCAAUUGAGUUAUGCGACAAGUACAAACUUAAAGGACAUCCGGUUUAUAUGUCGGCAAAAGAAUUAAUUGCUGAUUACAGUUUCCAAAACAUAAUUAAUAGGCUGGACUAUUCAAUGUUUACAGUCCCCGAUGCUUCGGACAUUGACACAACGAAGUACGAACUAAAAGUAAGAACUGAAGACGCCAUUUGUGUUACUCCAAUCAUUAAUAAUUCUCAAAUACAAAGACCUACUACUCUGAAACGAAUUCGAAAUCCUCCUUUUUUGAAACUUAGUAAAGUUAGUAUGAACUUCAGUGAUGAUAGUGACGAUGAAGACAUUUCUUCACCGAAGUCUCAACAUCGAGGAACAAGGUCUCGUAACAAAUUAACGAAAAGAAAGAUUUUUAAUGAAGAAAAUUCAGACAGUGUGAGUAAAACGAAAGAAGGAACAAAUGAAUCAAGAUCUAGUUCGCAAAAGUUGAAGCAACAGAAUGAAAAUAUUGACAACGUUUCUAUGAAAGACGUUGUAAAUAAAGCUACAUCUUUGGUGCCCAACAUUUCAGACUACUUGCAUAAUUUUGCGGACGAGUUAGAGGAGCCCGCGACUAAUAGUAAUAUUCAAAAAUUAAUCAAGAAAAUAGAAACACUUAAGAUCAACGCAAUGUCGCAAAAAGCAACUAGAAGUACGCGACGUUCGAAGCAGGUGAUUUCAAUCGACUCUACUAAGAUCGAUGAAAUAAUUGCAUUAUUUAAAGACUUGAAAACCGAGAAACGGAAGGAUAACAAUUGUUUAGUCAGUGAAAUAAUAUCUGAUCAAAGGAGAACAAGUGAGGGGGAUAGCAUAGAAAUAUUGGAGGAAAUUAAUACCGGCAAAAAUACCAGAACAAGAAUUACAAGAAAAUCAUCGAAACAAAAUGUAAUAACUAGGGAGGCACAAUACAAAAGCUAGAAAAUCUAAGUAGAAAUGAUUGUAAUAUUGCUAGUGCAAUGUUAUUGCCAAAACUGUAUUUUUAAUAAAUAAUUUAAAAGACUGUGUAUAAAGAGAAAGAAGACUAUGUAUUUAGAGUAGUCUGUAUAAGUAUGAAUUUUAUAAAGAAUUUCAGGAAGACAAAAGAUCUAAGAAGGUUUUAUAUGUCAGAUUGCCAUAAUUAUUUGUUUAUGACUUUAAAAAAUAGAUCGUCAAAGAGGCAAAAAAUAAGUUUUCCACAAUAUAUGCAUUGCACAUGAUUAAUUAAUACUCGAAGUAGGAACCGUGAAAGCAUAGAAUAUCAGAAAAUAUUUAUUAAAAUAUUUCACAUAUAUACAUAUUCAGUAAAAAAUCGGGAGUUAAAAUUACAUAAUGAUUACAAAUUAA